ACCGUCCCAUAUCGUCGUGGCCCGUAUAAGACUGUGGGGAGGGGGCUCCUAACCUCCUUCCCUCCUCCCCUUCCGCUCCCGCUGCCCAACUGCCGCCGCUGCUCAGGGUUCAAUGUUGGUUCGUGAUAAUACUAGUGCCCGCUACCCGGAUCGUCGCCUCCUCCCCCUCCCCCUCCCUCUCUUCCUCUCUCGUCUUCACAAUACAACGUGCUAUUCCUCCUCCGCCAACUCUUCCCCGAAUCGCACAAGCGCCGGCGCCCACGAGCAGCGACGCGGCGAUCCAUCCACACUGGACACACCAGAGCCGCUUUGAAACCUUACCUUAGUGUCCGCACGCACCGACUCGAGCUUCGUCAUCAUCACGCGCCAGCCGCCCCUUGCCCUCAGACCACCCGGGCCGGGCACCCUCUCCAUCUGCGUCGCGGCCAGCCAGAAACCUUUAGCAAGGGUAGGUACUUUAGGCUCGCGUCGCCCACGCCCCGACUCGACUCGACUCGACUCGACUCGACUCGCCUCGCUCUCUGCCCGACGCGAAUGUCCACAUACCACAAAAUGGCCCACUCAGGGUCGUCUUCGCUGGGACGACAUUUCUCAAUGCGCCUCCUGGCCUCGUAUGCCCUCGACUGGAUCAUACUCGUUGUCAUCGUCGUUGUCGCUGGCUUCCUCGGACGCAUCACCCCCAACCGGCGGCCAUUUGCUCUGGACGACCCCGACAUCUCAUUCCCCUUCACCGAAAAAGAAACCGUUCCGACCUGGCUGCUCGUGGUCCUCUGCGCCCUCGUGCCCGUCGUCGUCAUCUUCAUCGUCUCCAUCCUGCUUAUCCCCGGCGGCACCGUGCCUAAGAACACGCCACAGAGCCUCAUCUGGAAGCGCAAGCUAUGGGAGCUCCACGUCGGCUGGCUCGGCCUACUCAUGGCUGUCGGCUCGGCCUUCUUCUUCAUCUCCGGCAUCAAGAACAUGUGUGGCAAGCCCCGUCCCGACCUGCUCUCGCGCUGCCAGCCCGACCUUUCCAACCUGGACCAGUAUCGCGUUGGCGGCUUCAAGGGCCAACCGACGGCCAAUCUUCUCUACUCUGGCGACAUUUGCAAGCAGCCAGACAAGCACAAGCUCGACGACGGCUUCCGUAGCUACCCAAGUGGCCACUCUGCUGCUUCGGCGGCCGGCCUCAUCUAUCUCUCUCUCUUCCUCGCCAGCAAGUUCUCCGUCACAAUACCAUUCGUCGUUCCCAACUGGGGCUCCUUUACCGAUGCCUCCAUGCACGUCGCCUUCCCUUCCCGGCACCAGUCCCAGGGCGGCGCCUACGAGCCCUCUCGGUCAAGAAACGGUGGGCCAAACUUCUCGGCACCCUCGUCGCCCGUCAAGACAAGCACAGGCGGUCGCAACGCGCAGCACAACGCCAAGCUCCAAUCCCUCCGCCGACAGGCCGCCGCGCCACCAGUCAUCCUCCUUGCCAUCACCCUGGUACCCUUUUGUCUCGCCAUCUUCAUCGCGGCUUCUCGCUGGUUCGACUUCCGCCACCACGGCUUCGACAUCCUCUUCGGCUUCUUGAUUGGCAUCAUCACGGCCAUUUACAGCUUCCGAUACUACCACAUGCCCAUCAUGGCCGGCGCCGGCUGGGCCUGGGGCCCCCGCAGCCCCGAUAGGGCAUUCUGGGCAGGCGUAGGCCGGUUGGGCUACGUCGGCACCAAGGACGACUUCGACAGCCGCGUGGACCGCGCCGACCUGGGAGAGUCGGGCGACGCGGACCCCUACUCUUCCCACGGCCCGGCCGCCAUGAGCGGCAUGAACUAUCGCGCAAAUCAGUACGGUGCGGCGCCGGCGCUGCCCGAGCGUCAUCCGCAACAGGGUGGUGGGGUUGGCGGCCCGUACGAGAGCGUCGAGAUGAACGACAUGGGGUACCCGUCACAAACGGUCGGGCGGGGUGUCUGAGGGCCGGCCCUUAGCACACCGCGAGUAUUAUGUGCCUCUUGUGUAUUUAUUGCCGACGGUGGGGUUUUGGAUCAUCAUCAUCGUCAUCAUCAUCAUUGCUCUAUCUAGGGAGCGCGCAAAAGGACGCGGGGGUAUACCUUGAAUAGCUAGCUACCCGCAUUGGCUAGUAACUAGUGGCGGCUCGCCAUGUAUGAGCAACGCAAUGACGUUUGGUAUUUUACGUGCGUUUAUGUGUCCCAGAGAUGACUGACUGAACGCCCACGAAAUGGUUUACGUGACGAUCUCGCCAUGGAACGAAGGGUGGGAGCAUCUCGGUAUGGGUUUUGUGUGUUUGGCUGCAGCAGCCCGAGUGUUUGGUUCGUUUGUUUCAUUUCAUUAGACAGGGCUUCAACGUUGCGCUGCUGCUAUUUAGUCUCUC